AUGAGAAAAAGACCGGAAAUCGAAAUUGGAUGGCCUCCACCGAUUCAUUGCUACAUAUUAUUUAUUUUAAUUGUAUCUGCUUCGGCUCAAUAUCCAUAUUCAUGGACGAAAGGAGGCCUCAAAUUGACUUGUAAAAUAAACUCGACGAAUGAAAGAGCUUGGCAACAAGUGGGCACUUCUUGUUAUUUCGUCGAUCCGACUCAACUCAUCACUUUCAAUUCGACGCAAUCUCUUUGUAAACGAACAAACAAUUCCUAUCCAGCUCGUCUCGACACUUAUUUGAUUAUUCGAGAGUUAAAAAAGGCAAAUCUCUGGCAAAGCGGUCAACUUUGGACGGGCUAUUACAUGCCGGAUCUCACUCUUUUGAAUAGCCCAUCGAAAAGCGGAAAUUUCUCGGCUUACAAUCCGUCUUGGGCAUUCAAUCAGCCGCUUUGGAAUGAAAUCGAGAAAUGUUUAGCGCUGGAUAUAUCAAGCGAAAAUUUGGAAGAUAUUGGAUGGUCGCUACGAAAUUGCACGGAUCGAUUGCCUGUUUUAUGUGAAACGUUCUCAUGUCGACCGGAUGAAUGGAGAUGUGUGGACAAUUCUCGAUGCAUUCCCCAAUCGGCUGUUCAAGAUCAAAUUAGGGAUUGCGAUGAUGGAAGUGAUGAAGAAACUAUCGAUUUGGUUAGAGUGGAUUCACUUGACUCAUGGUUUGGCGAAGAAGGGAAUCGAUCAUUCAGAAAAUAUCCCCAAGAGACAUGGCUUCGACAAAAUGAAGGAGAGAUUUCGAUUGAAUUCGAUGGGAAACCAGGGGAAAGACGAUGGAGAAUCGAGAAUUCGCAACGAUUGGGAGUGAUUCUUGUGAUAACCGGCCACCUCCCCGAGGACUCAUUUCUAAACAUUUCCUCGUGCAAUUCCCCUCUAAUCCCGGUUGAUCAAUCAAUCCUUCCACUUGUCGCAUCAUUCGCCGAUCCUUGUAUCACGAUUUCUUUAAUCUCUUCAAAUAUUCGAUCUUCUGAUUCAUUGCAUAUCAAAUAUUACAAAGGUUGUCCCUCAUCAAUCUCAUCUCCAUUCGCAACUCUUUUCUUGACUGGUCCUUUUUCUUCUUCAUCUCCAUCUCCAUCUCCAUCGCAACAAUUUCCAUAUCAAUCAACGUAUUUAUCGCGAAAUCUUCUCACUUUCGCUUUUCACAUUAAACCAUUUGAUCUUAAACCAAUCACAAUGCUUUUCGACGAAUUGAUUCUCGAUGAUGUGUCUGUUUUAACGAUUUCCUCUCCUCAAAACACGAAAACAAUCACCAAAUCGUGUCUUCCACUUUGUGCAUCCGAUUUCUAUUUCACGUCGUUUCCCGUCAAAGUUUUCCUUUCAUCUGCAUCUGGGAGAUUUGUAGCGAAAAUUCGGUAUUCACAAGAUUGCUCAACAAUUCCUUUUGAUUCAAAAAUGAUACUUCGCUCAUCGAAUCAAUCCCUCAAAUUGGGCACACAAAUGAAAGGCGAAUGUCCGAAUGGGAUUUUGAGUGGAAAUUCGAUAAUCGAAUGUUUAUUUGGAGGCAUUUGGUCAAAUGAGCUUGGGAAUUGUCUAGAAGGAGCUCCCUUUUGUCCUUUACCAGGCGUGAGGAAUGGAUAUCCUGUCGAAUAUGAUGGCAAUCGAUUGCUAGUGCAAUGUCGAGCUCGUUUCGCUGGCGCUGAUGGAGCGGCUAGUUUCACUUCAAAUUGCGAUGGCCGAUACUGGACUCCAAAUCCAACUUGUUUACCUGUUAACUGUAGCACUCCGGAAAGCUUGUACAACGAGGCGACGCUGAAGAAUUCGAGCAAUUACUGGAGAGCAUUUGAUGUGGCUCAAUAUUUGAUCGAAGACUCGAUCUCUCAAAAUCCCUUUCGUCAAUGUUCCCGUGCUGGCACAUGGAAUGAUUUCAAUUUCCAGAAAGUGUUACGAUGUCCUGGAAAAGUGAUUCCAUUCGGUUCUCUUCGAUCCUCAAAUGUCGGUGAAUCGAUAUUGGCUGAUUGUGUUCAAGGGUUUCAUCCAAAUCAACAAGUUCUAUGUAUGAAUGAUGGAAAGUAUCAAGAUUUUCCGGAUUUAUGCAUCGAAGCACAAUAUUCACCUGAAUUGUGCGGUGAUGGGGAAAUUAUGGAAAGAGCAGGGUAUCCGGGUGGAUACACAUGCAAUUGCCCACUGAAACAACAAUUCAACGGGACAACGUGCAUUGCAAUCGAUGAAUGUGCUGAUGGAUCUUCUCAAUGUGAUCUUCAGAAUUCUAUAUGUGUUACACUUUCUGAUUCGUACUUUUGCAAUUGUACUUCAAAUUACAUCGAAGGGGAAAAUCAUUCUUGCAUUUUACCAGAGUGCUCUAAGUUUGAUCUCAUUGAAAAAAUCAAAGAUGAAAAUACGAGUCAAUUCGUGGAACCGGAUAAACUGUACUAUAAAUAUUUCGAGACUGUUUCGGUCUACACAGGCGCCAUCUAUGAACACUCGGAAACUUUACUUUAUUACAAAACGGUUUGGAAAUGUGUUAAAAAGACUUGGGAACUUGACAAUACUGAUCUAUGGGGAAAUAUCUACAAAGAAAAAGAUAUACCAAAAUGCAAUGGAAGUCAAUCAGAUUCGUGGGUUUCUCUCAACAAAGCACAAUAUUUACCGUUUGAAGUCGGAACUGGGCAUUGUGAAAGCCUCCAGGAAACUUGGGAUCCGACGUAUUGUAGUCCAAAAGGCUCGUGGGUUGGCGAGUUCUUUUGUAGGAGAGCUCCCGAAAAUCGAACGGAAAAGAGAAAAAUGAGAAGUUUGAAUAAACGAAUGAAGCAGAAAAAUGAGUGCUUGUUACCGGGUAAUAAACUGAUUGAGGCAACAAGUCGGUCAUUGGAAAUCGGAAAAUUUGCCACAAUUAGUUGUAAAUAUUCAGGAUAUACACUUUUGGGGUCAUCUGAAAUUGGAUGCUCUUUUCUAUCAAAAAGGAAUUGUUUAUUAGACGCAAGCUCGGCAAUCACGAUUUAUGAGGGAGAAACGUUGACAUUAUAUUGCAAUUAUCGGCAAUCUUGCAAAAAUAGAGUUUAUUGGAUAGAUGAAGAAGGGAAAAGAAUUGAAAAAAUGAAUGCAACAAAAAUCGAAAUAUUUGACGACUUUGCACGAGUGUUACUCGUCAAAUACGAUACAAAGAUUUCAGACUCUAGAAUUUACAUCUGUGCAUCGGAAGAAGGAAAUGAAAUUGUUGAGAAAAGAGAGAUCAAAGUUUCCGUGAUUCCUUCAUUCAACGACUCACCAAUUUCAUCAUCGGAAGCCGGGAGACUCGGGACGUUCGUCGAGUUUUCCGAUUCUAAUUGGAGAGUUCUUGACGAUAAUCGCAUUUUGAGGUUUCCAUUUGGAGAUAAAAGUACAGCAAGAUUUGGCCCAAUCGACACUGAAUCGGAUUGGAUUCUGUUGAAUCUUUGGAUAAACUCAACUUCUAUUAUUGGAAUAAGACUUCAAGAAAAUAGAGAAGAAAAUAGAGAAAAUAGAGAAGAAAAUGAUAGAGAAAUCUAUAAAAUCGUGAAUUCUGGCUAUUACUCGAUUCCGAUUUCUCUAUCAAUGAAGAGAUUUUUUUUGAAAUUCAUUACUGACGGACAAAUUCUUAUUGAAGAUCUUUAUUUGGAAUACCUUUAUUGUGCAGAGACAAAAAUUGGUUUAACUCAUUAUCCACGGACAAGAAUUGAGAAAAAGGCUCAGCUUGUUCAAGGCUCGUGUUCAAAAGAUUCCAUUGAAUUCCAUCAAUCAUUUGCCGAAUGUUUGCCAAGGGAUUGUAUUUUGGAAGAAUCGGCGAAUUGUUGUGAUCGAGAUUACUGUAACGAUUUUCGUCAAACGGAAAAGAAGCCAACUUUAACGGGAUUCGGAAAAUGUUUGGAUGAAAGGCGAACUUCAUUGGAAUGCGUUGAAGCAAUCGAAGUGCAAAAAAAUGAAAAUGGAUCAUUUAUCGACACCUCAAUCGCUCAUUUUAUUCAAAUCUAUGACGAGAAUUCAAAUCAAGAGAUCUUUUGCGAAUUUUAUGUUUCUUUUAAAGAAAACAAAUGUAAACGGAUUCCACCGAAUUUUGUGUGCACUCAAAAGGGAAAUAAAACAAACUGUCGACAAGAUUCUUGUGGCGAAAAUCAAAUUUGGACACAUCAGGAUGAAUACGUUGUAUCAAGUCUACCAAAUUGUGAGAUCUCCUCUAAAGUUUAUGAGCAAAAGUUUUCUGGUUGUCCUUCGGGAUGGGAAAAACGAAAUCAUAUCUGUGUUGAAUGUCCAUCAGGAUAUUUUCAUAAAGAUGGUUAUGGCUGUGAGCUUUGCCCAAUUGGAUUGUACUCAUCAAAAAGUGGAUCACUUUCUUGUGAGAAAUGCCCGCCAAAUACGAUUACUUCAGAAGAAGGAUCGACUCGAUUGAAUCAAUGCAUUUCUCUUUGUCCAUCGGGUUUCUAUUCAAUUGAUGGUUUAGUUCCUUGUCUUCCGUGUGAUUAUGGCUUCUAUCAAGAGUAUUCGGGAUCAUCUUUUUGCUCUAAAUGUCCAUACAAUAUGAUAACGCUGAAGAAAGGGAUGAAAUCGAGGAGUGAUUGUCUUGCUAAAUGUCUUCCUGGAUAUCAAUCAAUGGCUAUUGAUGGAAUGAUUGAAUGCAUCGAAUGUCCACCCACUUGUCAAGUAUUGGGUUGUAAAAAUGGUGGUAUUUGUGAGGAAAAAGCGCUCAUUUGUGAAUGCCCAAUUGGAUAUUUUGGAAACGAUUGUGCUUUGGUUCUUGAUUUGUGCACUUCGAACUAUUGCUUUAACAAUGGAGAUUGUCUCUUUGAGAAUCAUACAAAUAUCUGUCAUUGUAAAGAGGGAUUUCAUGGGAAACGUUGUGAAGAACGAAAUGAGGAAAAAGUUCAGAAAAUGAAGAGUCUCAAGUGUCAGACGGGAAGUUCUUUUGAUGAGAUGGGCAAUCAAUGUCCACUUUUAUCAACGGGGAUUUCUGUGAAUAUCAUGUCACUGAUGAGUUCUGUCAACUUAAUGAUACUGCGACGACAACGACAACGACAACAACAACGACGACAACAACGACGACGACGACAACAACAACAACGACGACGACGGAAACGACAACGCAAACCACUCAGGAAGCUAACAAUGGAUCUUCUGUAC